AUGGAGCAACCUCAAGCUUCACUUCCUCAAGGCAAGACGGCGGGAAGCAAGAAAGGCUAUCCAGAGCCACUUGUCAUACUCCCCUCAACAAACCACACCCACAGCAUCAUCCUCCUCCACGGCCGCGGAAGCAACGCGACACGCUUCGGCCUCGAGCUCCUAAAAGCCAAGACAUCCACCGGCCCGACGCUUCAAGAGCUCUUCCCCGGCGCCAAGUUUAUCUUUCCCACGGCAAAGAAACGCCGUUCGACAGCCUUAAAGCGUAUCCCAAUCAACCAAUGGUUCGACAAUUACUCACUCGAGGAUCCCGCUCAGCGGCUGGAUCUGCAGUAUGACGGCCUGCGGGAGACCUCUGCUUUUGUCCACGCGCUGAUUCGUGCGGAGGCGAAAGCAGUCGGGCUGCGCAAUGUCAUUCUCGGCGGGCUCAGCCAGGGCUGUGCGAUGUCUCUGCACAUAUCGCUGAAUUACGAUCCUAGCGAAGUCGAGAGAGCGUCAGAUGAAGGCGGGCCUCCGUCGCUCGGCGGAUAUAUCGGCAUGAGCGGAUGGCUUCCAUUCGCUGAAAACAUCAGCUCAGCUGCCGUGCCCGCCAAGGAAGACGGACAGGAUGCUGAUGACACCGACCCCUUCGGUAGUGCUGACUGCCCGGAUGACGACGAAGGGGUGGAUGAUUCAGUUCAAGCUCGGCAGCUUCGAGCUGCAAACUUCGCGAGAGACAUUGUUGACCUUGAUCCGCUGGAUAAAGACGAACAGCCAGUGCCAUCAUUCGCGAGUGUACCCUACCUCUUGGGUCAUGGAACGGCGGACGAGAAGGUGUCGGUGCGCCUGGGUGAGCAGGCGAGAGAUGUACUCCUGCAGCUUGGAUUGGAUGUGACGUGGAGGGCGUACCAGGAAUUUGGGCAUUGGUACAAGGAGCCGGAUGAGAUAGAUGAUAUCGUACAAUUCUUGCGGGAGAAGGUUGGAAUGACGCCUGCGCGAUCGGAAUAA